AUGCCGAAGCCCCUGACGGACCAGGAGAAGAGGAAGCAGAUCUCGGUGCGCGGCCUCGCCGGAGUGGAAAACGUCGCCGACCUCAAGACCAAUUUCAACCGUCACCUGCACUUCACCCUGGUGAAGGACCGCAAUGUGUCCACGAAGCGUGACUACUACUUCGCCCUGGCGCACACUGUCCGCGACCACCUGGUGGGAAGAUGGAUCAGGACGCAGCAGCAUUACUACGAGACAGACCCCAAACGGGUGUACUACCUCUCUCUGGAGUUUUACAUGGGCCGCACUCUGCAGAACACUAUGGUGAAUCUAGCUCUAGAGAAUGCCUGCGAUGAGGCCUUGUACCAGCUGGGUUUGGAUAUGGAGGAGCUGCAGGACAUUGAGGAGGAUGCUGGACUGGGCAAUGGGGGUCUGGGCCGUUUGGCAGCCUGCUUCCUUGACUCCAUGGCAUCUCUCGGUCUGGCAGCCUAUGGCUAUGGAAUUCGGUAUGAGUUUGGAAUCUUCAAUCAGAAAAUUGUUAAUGGCUGGCAGAUUGAGGAGGCAGAUGAUUGGCUGCGCUAUGGCAACCCAUGGGAAAAGGCCCGCCCUGAGUACAUGCGCCCUGUUCACUUCUAUGGCCGAGUGGAGCACACUGCUGACGGAGUCAAAUGGGUGGACACACAGGUGGUGUUAGCUUUGCCGUAUGACACCCCGGUGCCUGGAUACAGGAACAACAUUGUGAACACCAUGAGACUGUGGUCUGCCAAGGCCCCCUGUGAAUUCAACCUCAAGGACUUUAAUGUCGGAGGCUACAUCCAGGCUGUUCUGGACCGAAACCUGGCUGAGAAUAUUUCCCGCGUACUCUACCCCAACGACAAUUUCUUUGAAGGGAAAGAGUUGCGUCUGAAGCAGGAGUACUUUGUGGUGGCUGCUACUCUUCAAGACAUCAUACGUCGUUUCAAAGCUUCUAAGUUCGGCUCCACAGAGGUGGUGCGCAUGGACCUGACCAAAUUACCUGACAAGGUGGCUAUCCAGCUGAAUGACACACACCCAGCCCUUGCCAUUCCAGAGCUGAUGAGGAUCCUGGUGGAUGAAGAGAAGCUCACCUGGGAGGCGGCAUGGGACAUCACAGUUCGUACAUGUGCCUACACUAAUCACACUGUACUGCCAGAGGCUCUGGAGCGCUGGCCUGUCGACCUGUUCCAGAACCUCCUGCCCCGCCACCUGCAGAUCAUCUACGAGAUCAACCGCCGUCACCUGGAGCGUAUCUCCUCUCUGUACCCGGAUGAUCAUGACCGUUUGAGGCGCAUGUCUCUGAUUGAGGAAGGAGAACAAAAGAAGAUCAAUAUGGCUCACCUCUGCAUCGUUGGCUCACAUGCAGUGAAUGGAGUGGCUCGCAUCCACUCUGACAUCAUCAAAAACACAGUUUUUAAGGACUUUUAUGACAUGGACCCACAGAAGUUCCAGAAUAAGACCAACGGCAUCACUCCCCGCCGCUGGCUGGUCAUGUGCAACCCUGGCCUGGCUGAGGUCAUUGCUGAGAGGAUUGGUGAGGACUACAUCCGUGAUCUGGGUCAGCUGAAGAAACUCCUGAAGUUUGUGGAUGAUGAUGCCUUCAUCCGAGAUGUUGCCAAGAUCAAACAGGAGAAUAAAAUGAAAUUUGCUGUGCACUUGGAAGAGCAUUAUAAGGUCAAAAUCAACCCCAACUCCAUGUUUGACAUUCAAGUGAAGAGGAUCCAUGAGUACAAGAGGCAGCUACUGAACUGCCUGCACAUCAUCACCUUCUACAACCGCAUCAAGAAGGAGCCAAACAAAUCCUGGACACCCAGGACAAUCAUGAUUGGAGGAAAGGCUGCCCCAGGAUACCACAUGGCUAAGAGUAUCAUUAGACUCAUCACAGCUAUUGGAGAGGUGGUGAACAAUGACCCAGUAGUGGGGGAUCGCCUUAAGGUCAUCUUCCUGGAGAACUACAGGGUUACACUGGCUGAGAAAGCCAUCCCUGCAGCUGACCUUUCUGAGCAGAUCUCCACAGCAGGGACAGAAGCUUCUGGAACAGGAAACAUGAAGUUCAUGCUAAACGGUGCUCUGACAAUCGGCACUAUGGACGGGGCCAAUGUGGAGAUGGCAGAGGAGGCUGGAGAGGAGAACCUCUUCAUCUUUGGCAUGAGAGUGGAUGACGUAGAGGCUAUGGAUAAGAAAGGCUAUGAUGCUGUUGAAUACUACAAUCGUAUCCCUGAACUUAAGCAGGCCAUGGAUCAAAUUUCCGGAGGAUUCUUCAGCCCCAGCCAGCCAGACCUCUUCAAGGACAUUGUCAACAUGCUAAUGCAUCAUGACAGGUUCAAAGUGUUUGCUGACUAUGAAGAGUACAUCAAAUGCCAGGAGAAAGUUAGUGCUUUGUACAAGAACCCUAAGGAAUGGACCAAGAAGGUGAUCCACAACAUUGGUGGCUGUGGUAAGUUCUCCAGUGACCGUACCAUUUCCCAGUAUGCCCGUGAGAUUUGGGGUGUGGAGCCCAGUUUGGAGAAGAUUGCUGCCCCAGACGACCCUCGCUAGGCAUCCAGCCAGCAUGCAGGAGCUCCAUAUACAAGAGCCAUACACGCAUUUGGUUCAUUUCUCCAUUGUGAAGAUAUGUCUGUCAUUUGUGGUUCUGUCAUUCGGUUAUGUAAGAUUUGUCCUGCAGGACAGCAGAGGUACCUCACGCCACCUGGUUCACUGGCUUCACUUGCAAAAAAAUUUAAUGUUCUGCUCUCUGUGUUGUGUCUUUAAAUGUGUGUGUGUGUGUGAGAAUGGCGCUUUUUAGUCAUGCUGACUUGUACAACCAAACCAGAUGAACCAAAACCCUGCUUUACCAGCAAUAUUACCCAUCUGCCCAAACAUAGAUAGAAAGCUAAGUGUUUAGUGCAAUAUGUUAUGCUGUAAUGGUACUAUGUCUUCCUGUCAUGAACAAAAGAACAGAAAGAAGACCAGUUAUGAUGAAUAAACAUGCACACAUUCAAGCACUGUGACAUGGAGGUUUGACACCGAGGGUUAACUCUAUCAGCGUUUCAUAUCCAUCCUCAAGGAUGACUGGUAUGGGCAAGGACUCACUUUGUUGUGCAGUGAUUCUGCUCGAGAUCUGGUAUUUACAGGCUUUUCCUGAACGUAUCACACACACUGACAUAUUUAACACAGUUGUUUUACACGAGUAUUGAUAUGACAAACAAUAGUAGUUGGAGAUUUUUAUCUGUGUCUUUCCCGUCCUACUGCCUUCUCUCCUGUACUUCCGCUACUUAACACACAUACAAAAACUGCCUUAUUGUGUGUAUGUGCGUGGAAGCAUGCAUAUGUAUGUGUGUUGUUAUCCAUGUGCAAAUGUUAGAGAGCUUGUUACUUUCAUCUACAACUUCCUCUUAUCCUUCCUGGUUCUCAGCCUACACUGUGGGAAGUGAGUCACUUCAGUGAUGUUAAACCUUUGGCCCAGAUCACACACACAUCCAGUGUAUGGCCUAUUAAUCUGCUUGUGUUCAUAGACUACUCCACUCGUAGUAGAAUAAUAUAGAAUAAUAUAUAAUAAAGACUACUGCUACUGAAGUUGUUUAAAGUGGUGUAGCAAAUUGUUUCCACUGGAGUGUGUAGUAUUAUACAUAGUUGAUGAGUGAUGACUGACCAAGAGAACACUGUAGUUAAACUGUUAAGAACUGAUUAGUGAAGAGAAAGAAAAAAGUUAUAUAUACUGCUGUAGGCCAUGUCCCUCUGUAAUCGAUUCUUUGAAUGUUCUUCUGUGUUUGUGGUCGCUGACAGGUCCCACAACACAGUCCAACGGCUAUCAUUGGAAACAAAUGAAAAAUAAAGAUGAUCUAACCAUAUUACACAAA